AUGUCAUAUUUCCUCCGUGAAAUUGACGGUGAACGGACAUGCUCCACAAGUUCGCAAGUGGCGUCAUCGCCCGUUUCAGAGGACAAGAAAAGUGCGAGACGGCUGCGGAAGCUUCUGUACAAGUGUGCGGAGAACACGUGCAAGCCAGACAUCCUUCGGGUGCCCGCGUUCUGCGGAAAGACAGAUGUCGAAGAUGGUGAGUCUCAUUCAUUAUGGCAAGGGCAUUGAGGGAUUACUUUCCAGAGAAAGCGGCAGCUGAGCAACCGCAGAUCAGCUUCAAUGACAUUUUGAACUCGAAGUUCGUGGUGGGACCACCUUCUCCAUUCGCGUUGGUCGCAAUUGCAAAAUCCAUUUUGGCGAGGUUCGGCAAUCCGGAAGACGUGUUCUCGAAGAACGAGAAAGGUGAAGAAGACGUUGGGGCAAGCAGAGCAGAAGAAGAGACGAAGCAGCACAAGAAUGUGAGAAUUCACGUACCUCAGCUCAAACAAGAUUUCGUUUUCAGACUGAUCAGCUGGUUGGAGCUAGUUUGACGUGUAUUUUUGAAGUUCUCGAACAACUGAGCCGACGUGACGCCGAUCUCUGUGUACAAGCUCUCGAAAGCUUGCUCUCCCUGAUUCAGUCGAUGCCAAUCGAGUGUCUUCAAACUGAAAACCGUCUGUCAAUGGUUGCGAUGGUCAAUGUGCUCAGGACUCUUCGGGAAGACGGCUGCCCUUCAGUCAGCUCGAAAGCCACGUCGUGUCUUGUUGCACUCGCAGUUGCAUGCGGCGAGCCGGAGCAUUUGAGUUGCACGAUUCGAUCGCUGAUCUGUGCAAAAAAGAAUGUGAGAAUGAGUGCGGAUUCCACGUAUGACUUGAUUCAAAUGCCUGAGAACUUGAGAAGACUUUUAUUGAAAGUGAGAAGGAAAGCACUCGGAGGAGACGUCACCAAUGUUCCGUAAGUUAAACGGAAUAAUCAUAAUCUGAAAAGUAAUUCAAUGCCUUCAGGCCCAACUGGUCUCUGACGGACGUCCACGAACACUCGGUGGCCAGCAGUUUCAGUCUGCCGACCCUUCCGGACAGCUCGCCCUCUUCGGACACACCGGACGACGACAAUCGGAUACACAGCUCGAUGGCCUGUGACGGGACAUUCCUAUACAUUCUCAAUUACGUGGGUCUUUAUAAACUGGGCACCGGACUGAAUGAAACCAUCGCUGGAAAGCUUUACGCGGCAAAUCAAAGUUUGAAAUCGUCGAAAAACGUUCAAAUGUACCUUUGCAAUGGAUCUCUGUACCUACGGAGAAACUAUUCGUCGUGCAUUUCCGUGAUCGAUACGGAUUCUCUUCUUGACAUCGGAGAAGUGAUACUACCUCCCACGUGUGUUCAACACGCGCUCUUCACCGACGGAGCGUACUUCUACAGUGCCACUUUGAUUGCCAAUUCUACAUUAUCAGUGAGUUCCUUUUCUUCUUUCAUCCCCGAAUCAAUUCCUAUUCAGACGAUCCAACUGAAUGACUCAUUUUCUCCGUCGAAUGAACCUUCAUCCCGAAAGAGUCAUCGACUGACGGAUGUGAAGUUCACGCCGUUCGGAGACAUUCAGAACCCGCACAGACUGCCCGAGUACCUUCCGCCUAACCUUCAUCGUAAGUCGAUCAUCUGCUCUUCUCGAUUUAAUUAUUUCUCACUUUCAGCUCAAACUGUCGAUUUGCACAUAACUCGUGAGAUCGCAUUCAUUCAAGCACGCUCCGGAAAAGUAUAUUAUGCUGGAAACGGAACUCGAUUUGGACUUCACGAGACCGGCAACAACUGGAUGGAACUGUGUCUUCCGGAGCCGAUUGUGCAGAUAUCAGUUGGAGUGGAUACUAUUAUGUUUCGAUCCGGAGCAGGACACUCUUGGAUUGCAAGUGUUGACGAUAAGAAGCGAAACGGAAGGCUUCGCAGACUGGUCGCGUCGAAUCGAAGGAAAACAGUGCACGUUUGUGCUUGCGGCCACAUGUACGGAUACGUCACUGAGAACGGAAAAGUGUUCAUGGGAGGACUGCACGCUAUGAGAGUGAACGCUUCCAAUCAAAUGCUCAGUGGACUUGAUAAUGUGCACAUCUCCACAUUGGCUCUCGGAAAAUCCCACGGAGUGGCUGUGUCUCGAAGUGGUCACCUGUUCACCUGGGGACUGAACAACAUGAAUCAGUGCGGAAGGAUGGAAUCCAACUCGGCCACUUCUUCUCCUCGAACUUCUGCCCGACGGGAAUACCACAUUUGUCCGAUCGGCGAGCAUACGUGGAUCACCGACACCCCGUCAGUCUGCUCUCAAUGCGGUUUGUGUUCUGCAAGAGGAGUCGCUUGUGGAAGAGUUCCUCGAGCCAAAGGAACAAUGUGUCACUGCGGAGUGGGAGAGUCCACGUGUCUUAGAUGUGGACUCUGUCGGCCUUGUGGAGAGAUCACGGAGCCAGCACAGCCGGGAAGGAUUCAGCAUGUGCAGUUCAGUUCGACGGCAGCUCCGCAAAAAAGCACGUUACACCCGGCAAGAGUGGUUCUCAGCAAAGGACCACAUGACGUGAAGGUGUCAAGUGUGAGCUGCGGCAACUUCCACACCGUACUUCUGGCAUCGGAUCGUCGCGUGUUCACGUUCGGAUCGAAUUGUCACGGACAACUGGGAGUGGGUGACACUCUUGGAAAGAGCACUCCUCAACAAGUGAUCCUUCCGGCUGACGUCGUCAUUGUUCAAGUCGCUGCCGGAGCCAAUCAUACAGUUCUGAGAGCAAACGAUGGAAGUGUGUUCACAUUCGGAGCAUUUGGAAAAGGCCAACUGGCACGGCCUGCCGGAGAGAAGACUGGCUGGAAUGCAACACCCGGAAAAGUACAUGGUUACGGUCCCGGAUUUUCCGCUUUUGCUGGAUGGAUUGGAGCUGAUGGAGAUUCGACUAUCAUUCACAGCCACACUGCCCUUCUCACCACUGAAAACAUUCUUAAGGCUCAGAUUGUUGCCAACAAGACGAAUAUCUUCAUAUUUCCGAGAGAAGUCGGCAAGGACUACAUUGUGAUUCGGCGGAAAAUGAAUCUCUUCGAGCAUCACGACAGUGACUACAAGUGUUGGUACACCUCCUGGGCGACCGAUCCUAAGUACGACAUGCUGUGGUACUACAAUUCGGCAGAGAUGGAGAUCAAGGGAUACGACAUCUUCAAGAAUCCGACAAAUCCGUGACGGACGUGUUUGAUUCUUUGUGCUACCUGGCUGGCACAGAGUUUGCAGUUCAAGUCUAUGACAGUCCGGCUUAUGCGUCUUCAAUGAGCCUUGGAAUGCAAUUACUGUCGGCUACGUACUCUGCGAACGUGAUAAAUCUAUCUGAUUUCUGGAAGGAGAAGAAUGGAGACAAAGAGGAUUCGGAGAGAGCAAUCACUGAAGGAUACUCCGUCGUCAACCGGUUCGAAGGGACUGGCGGUGGCUGGGGAUACUCGGCGCAUUCUAUCGAAGCGAUUCAGUUCAAAGUGUCCAAGGAGAUCCGCCUCGUUGGAGUUGGUCUGUAUGGAGGUCGCGGUGAAUACAUUUCAAAGCUCAAACUCUAUCGUUUGAUGGGAGCAGACGCUGAUGAGCUGUACGUGGAGCAGAUCACGGAGACCGACGAAACAAUGUAUGACUGCGGAGCCCACGAGACGGCGACUCUUCUCUUCUCUCAGCCGAUCGUCAUCCAACCCAAUCAGUGGCACGUCGUCAGCGCCAAAAUCAGUGGCCCGUCUUCUGAUUGUGGAGCGAAUGGGAAGCAUCUCGUGGAUUGUGACGGCGUGACGUUCCAGUUCAGGAAUUCUGUGGUCUCGAACAAUGGAACUGACGUCAAUGUUGGACAGAUUCCAGAGCUGUAUUAUCAGCUGUCAGGAGCGGCGAACGACAUUAGGGAUGACGGGAUGUCGGCAGACAACUGUCGAUCAGCAGAGACAUGUCCAACCUGUUUUCUCCAAUGGCAAUGAAGAACAUCACCGCGGAAUGCAUCGGAAAUGUUCUGUCUCUCAUGGAAUGGGCUAUCCAGCGAAUUCAAAUCGAGGAAGAUGUGAACAAUCAAGUGCAAGAGAGUGCGGAAAAACAAUGGAACCAGGAAAGAGCGGGCUUCAUCGUGUUGAUCUGCAUGAGGCUGCUCUCCAGAUUCGUGAAGACCGUCUACAAGGAGAACGGUCACCAGGAGGAACCAGGCAUUGAUUUCGCCAACAAAGUGGUCAGUCUGCAUUCCAUGCUCCUCGAGUUCUUCUUUUCAACCGACAUGACUGAAUACGAGAACCGGCCGCUCGUCAGGAAAGAGGAGAAGGUGGUCGAACAAGGCUACACACUGAUGCAAUGCGUUUCCGAGUCGGUGAAGCUGUUCAUCUCCCUCUCUCAUUGCUUCAUGGCCUCCCGAAGCCUCGUGAACGCUCAUCUGAUUGCUGUGAUGUCCAGAAACUCUCACGACACGUUGAUUUUGACAUCUGCCGUUGUUGGAAGUCUCGCCAAAACCGAUCGGAUUGCACACCGCCUCUUGAGUCCGAACUACAACAACGACCGCUUCCCCAUGCUCUCUUCUCUUCUGCUGAAACACUUCAAUUGUGAAAAAGAAACCCUGGCAACACUGACGUCGUUCCCCAACAUUCUCCGUUUCCUCUACGACCAGACAUUUAUGCGGAAUGCCUAUGAAAACACGUCAAGCAUGGCGGAAAAGAUCAUAGUGAAAGUGUCGAAUGAGCUCGCGAUCCCAGCAGAAGACGGCGUGAUGGGACCAGUAGUGCAUCAGACGUCGUCAAGAUUCAGAAGGAGAAGUGCGCAGCCAACAUGGGAUAUGUCAGAUGGAUGUGCGGAUGCAGUAGCCUUUCGCGUGGACUCUGAAGGCGUCAAACUUCACGGAUUUGGAAUAUACUUGCCAUUGGAAGCAGAUCGACGAAACUUCACCGGCGAGAUUUUGAUGUUGUCUCCAGAUGCAUCGGAAAAUGGACGUGCCUUCUACGGGUCUCUGCAGAAAUGGCAUUGGAAGAGAAGGAAGUCGGGAUAGUCAGAUUCCCUGAUUACGUGCUUCUGUCUCCGGGAGUCACUUAUGCGAUCAAAGUGAACAUGCUCAAGAACUCGAAGACGUUUUGCGGAGAGGGCGGAGUUACUCAAGUGAGGCUUCUCAACGGAGCACGUCUUUUCUUCUCCGGGUGCUCUUUGAGCCAAAAUGGAACAACUGUGCAACGUGGACAACUUCCCUUUCUUCUCUACUCGAUCUUUGAUCAAACAAACAACAUUCAAAUCACUCAGGAGACCAUCCAUGAUACGUUCACUCUUCUUCUCCGUUUGAUGGCCAACAAGAUAGGAGCGGCAAUCACGGACGGAGGUGCUCUUCCUUCCUGCUGCCAACAUCUGAUGUCGCACAUCAGUCCGCACGUGAUGGUGUUCAUGGAGCGAUUCCCGGACAAGGCAUUGGAAGUGAUGUCGACGAUGGAGCAGCUGAUUCCAAUGGUUUCCAACCUGAAUGGUGUUGAAAGGGUCAGUUCCGAAAGUGAUGCAGGUUCAAAUGAUAGUGUGUCUUUCAGGUGUUACAUUCGUUCGAUUCUGAAGACAGUGGAUGCGAAGCUCCUUAUUCCGGAAUCAUCACAACCGUAGUUGAAAGUCAGCAUCCGUAUCGGCCGAGUUCCUCAAGUUCGAUGGUGGUUUUCUUCGAAAAUGCGGAUUACGUUUGCGUGCGUUUCUCCUCCGGAUUGCCAGACUGCCCAGUUCGAUGAUCAACUGACUAUUUACCUGAAAAUCGACGAUCAUUCGUACAUGCCCGUGGAAAGAUGCUACGGAACCGAAUGGCCUUCCUACCCGAUGAUACUCCCUGGCAACUGCCUUCUUUUCGUUCUUGAUGCAUCGUCCGCUGUGGAAGGAGCAACACCUGAGCAGUUGUUCGGAUACCACGUGACAGUUACCGGGUAUCUUGUUGGCUACAAUGAUACUACGAUGCGACUGGAACAGGAUCUCGUGUGGUUGUCAGCCAACGCCUGCAGGAUCAUGACGCAACUUCCGAUCAAUCCGAGGAACAUUGAACAUCUGAGCACUGCGGAGGAUGACACCCGACAUCUGUUUGAGAAGCACGGAAGUCUUCUGAAGAAGGGACUCAGUCUGAGUCACUCGCCCACUCUGAGCGAGCUCUGUACCAAAGGACAACCUCCUCCUGCUCAGUCGGUGGAUCUCCAGUUCCUUCGUGAGUUCCUUUCCGGGCACACGGCUUCUUCGGCUGGCUUCAUGGCAAAGUGGUUGCCAACUGGCCCAGUUGUGGAUGCCUCCAAAUGUCAACUCUCCCUUUCUCAAGAUGAAAUGAUUGUGGGCAAGGCUGUCACUUUGAAGCUGAAUUGUCGAGAUCAGUACGACAGAGAAGUGGACUGUCCGAAACUGCAAGUGGAAGUGAUUGCCUCUCUUGGACAUAAGAACGUUAGUUCGAAUAUAACACACAACCUGCCCAUCGACAAUUUGCCCUCGUCACUUCUCAUCCAGCAGAACCCAUUCCAACCGAUCAUCGUCAAUCACACGAGAUAUAUGAAUAUCGCUGCGAUGCCUGCUUUCGCCAACUACACUGUCGAAGAGAUCCGGCUUGGAUUCAUGAAGGAAGAACUAAUCAAAGAUCGGAUCCCACUCAAACCUGUCGACUCUUCCGUUUUCUCUGGAUCUUGGACUCCGACAGCAUCAGGAAGCUAUCGAAUCGAGUGCAAAGUGGAUGGAUACGACAUCUCGCACACGUACACUGUCGAGGUUAACGAUCGGGUUCCACGUGGCGGAGAAGAUUCGAAAAGUGGAGGAGCCCGUCGAGGGGCUCAGAUGACCAUUGCACAAACUGUUUCCGUUCCGUUCUCUAGCGACUUUUCCGGAAUUCGUAUGCGCGUGGGGACUACUUUGGCAUCAACGUGCGUGGGAGUGAUUCCUCGCGGAGCACUAGUUGAGUUCAUCGAGGAGAGUGAGAAUGAAGACGGAAAAUGGAUCCGACUGACCGAUGAGACCGCCCUUCUCUAUGGUUGUACUCAGGGAAGUGGCCAAGUGUGGUGUUUGGCAUAUCACAAACCAUUGCAAAGAGAGUUGAUCCCGCUGGGAAAAGACAAAGAUCGCGAAAAGGCUGUGAAACUGCGACGAAAGGAGAUCGAGAAGGAAUCGAGUGGCAGCAAGCAUCACAGUGUCUCCAUCGACGCUUCCGAAACGUACAUUCUCUCUCCGAAUGACAUUCUCCAAGUCUACUCUGCCCCGGCACCUCAUUCAAUGAUCGAAGGCGAGAAGAUCACGGGGCCGUGCGAUCUGAUGAGCAGUGGAUGGUUGGCCAAUCGACACGGUGUUUGGAUUAAACUGGCGGGCGUUGAGAAGUACGUUCUGCAGAAGAACGAUCCGUCUUCCGAAACUUCACUCAGUUUUUCGACCAAUGGAAACGAUGAAGAGGAUCUUGAGAGGCCGGUGGAGCGCAGGAAAACGAAACUUCCGAAUGCGUUGACACCUUCUGUGUCCGACUGUAUUCGGUCUGUCUUCGCCGCUUUCGUUUGGCACGAACACUUGGUCAAGGAUCUGAUGGCAGCUGCUGCUUACUUGAGAUUCCACCAAAAUCUGCAUAAUGCAAGUGAUCCUAAAAGUUUUCAAUUAUUCAUUAGUUCUGUUUCAGAUCUGGCAGUCGUGUGAGAUUCCUUCCUGCACAAAUGCGCCAGCGGCUCUCCAACCAAUCGUCAAAAUCUGGAGAGAAAUCUGCGAAGUCGUGGAAACAAGUGUGGAGCAACACCUUAUAAUGCCGCCUGUCUCAAACAAAGCCAUGCUCUCGGACUCUAUGAAACCGCCGACAAACACUGGCGGAUGCGAACUCUGCGACACCCACAUCACUGUUCCGUUGACUGUUCAUCUUCGAAUGGCUCAUCCUGGAUGCGGAGGAGACUGUCUUGGAUAUGGAUACAACUCGAAUGGAAAGUUCACAACGGGAUGGUCUGGGGAGUGUGGAGCAGGCGGGAGAGGGCAGUCUCCGUGGUACUUGAUGUGCAACAACUGCCGCUCUCAAUACUUGAAAAAGACUCCGGCUGGACAUCAUCAGGAAAGGACACGACGGUGGAGAGAAUUCAGAUUCUCGACGUCUGCUUCCGAUGCACGACCCGAAGUGAUAAUCAGGCAGAAUGCACUGUUUCUUCUGGAUUUGAACAGCAGACUGCAAACUGAAUCUAAUGUAAGUUCUACUUUUUGAUGUAAUUCAGUUGAUAUGUUUCAGACUUCAUCGGCUGCAACUUCUGGUUGGACCAUCAACCUCUUCCCCACUCACUUGAGUACUCCGUCCACAAUGCCGCGCAGUCAGCGUAGGCUGGACGUCCCACAGACGCAUUCCGUCCAUCAACAUUCGUACAUGAAGCUCGGCUAUUCAUCGGAUCCGGGGCCAAAAGUCAACUUGAUCAUGUCGCCGCCGGAGCACUACGUAGACCAAACCGCGUCGCUGAAUCGACAAGGAGCUGUGACCGAGCCGACCGAAGUCCUCCAGUCCCCAUCAGCUGCUCUCCGUACUCUUUUCACCAACACAAACCCAUCCACUUCGGCACUUCUCAAGCGACCCGUGCUUGCCUUCUGCGUGGAACAUCAUGACUUAAAACGCAUCCGUUCGGCUUGUGUUCAGUCCGUCCGUCGGGCAGUCGCGUUCGCCCACGCAUUCCGCGUCUGGAACUGGCUUCUCCGGAUGGUCUCCUCUGAAUAUAGUGUGUCAGACAUCAUCCUGCAGUAUCUGACUACUCUGACCUCAUACAACCGCCUGGCGGAAUACAUGUUCUCGUCAAGAAAGAACUCAAACAUCCUGCCGCAUCCAUGGAGACUCUGUUUCCUGGCUGGUCCGAUUGCUGCCGACAUGGUCACUCAACUGCACGCUUUCCUCCACACCGUUUCCAUCAUUCUCCAGUCGGCCGGAGUUGAUGGCCGCCUGAAGUCUCUGUGUUUCAAGUCGUGGACACUUCAACUGACUGCCCAAGAACAAGAUCUGCUCAUUCUCACGUGCAACAUUCUGGGAACAGUUGGAGGAAUCCUCUCGGAAACUUCUAUUAUAGACUCGGAUCAUCGAUUUAUAAAGGAAAUGAAGGACAUCACCAAGUUUGCAAAGAUCACGGCGAGCAGUCGACAAGCGAUGGUCAUUUGUUUGACUGACGAAAGCGGAGAAACCUUUUGGGAAAGUGGAGAGGAGGUAGGCAAUUCGGAAGUCAUUCUUCACUGAAUAAAAGAGUUUCAGGAUAAGAACAGAAGUCGUUCUCUUGUCGUCCAACUGGAGGAAAGUGCGAGAGGCGAGAUUCUGUGCAUGUACGUCGACAACGCGAGAGAUGAUAGCUACCGAAUCACUGCCGUAUCCUUCAAAGCAAUUCAAGAAGAUGGCCGAAGAAAGGACCUCACCAGCCUGAGCUUAGAAACCGUGAGUUAUAUAACUGAAAUGACCUUAAAUCUACAGUUCUCAUAUUUCAGACCUACUGCGGUUGGGUGAAGUGCUGCAUCAAAGACCUCAGUCACAUUCAAAUCCAGUUCAAAGGUCCCAGUCCAGCUUCCCGUGUUCGUCAGAUCAUUGUGCUCGGAUACCCAGUCACGAACUCGGAUUCACCUCGUCUUGCUCCGUCCACCUCCCAUCAUCUUCUAUUCAAUGACACUCAACGUGACGCGUUUGCUCUCUUCCAGGCCAUUUCAUCGCAAGCCUUUUGCGGAGAGCUUUCCGAGGAUGAUACUCUUCGCGAGAGAGUGAUCGACUUAUUGUUCAGUAGAGUUCAACUCUAUCCUUUGCAAAAUUACGUCUACAGUCAAGUGGUUCAAGCAAUGGAAAAAGAGGUGGAACUGCUGUGUGACAAGUCGAAAAGGAACUACUCCUACUGCUGUGGUCUCAUGAGCCUCCUCGUUCGGAUCUGUGAUUCGCGGGGCAACAUGGACAGCUUUGGUCAAAAGAGUUCCGUGCUCACUUCCAUUACUCAACUGCUCAUUUUUGCGCCGGUCAUUGUGCAAAGACAAUGUCUGAACUCUCUUGAAUGCAUCUUUGGGUCGUUUUCUCCGAGCAAUGUGGAAGUUCCGAAAAUUAUCCGAAAUUUGUUGGUUGUUGUCGGAAAAGUGAUUCAAUUGCAAGUGAGAGACAAGGCAGCUCACACAGUGGUCACAGUUCAUCUUUGUGUAAGUCUAUCUUCCUUCGGUUCGAAACAAAAACGGUAUUACUUUCAGUCCUCUGUUCUGAAUGCACCUCAAAGUUGGCGGGUGGACAAACCGAUCGACAUGGACAUCGGCAGGCAGACUGCCCUUUUGGUCGAGAAUCUUUGCAAGGGCAACUACAGUUCGGAGUGGUCGAAUGCUGCGAAGUCUGAGUUGGCGAACUGUCUGCUCAGUCUCGUACAGAUUCCCGAAUCCGUUUCGUACACGGAGACGCUGACUACGGGCGGGAAGAGCAAGGCAGUGGCAGUAGUGGGAUCGAAGCGAUUCUGGACUGCAAUUUCUUCGUUAGCGCUCAUCAAGAACAAGUCGUGGCUCGAGCUCUCGGAACGAUGGAAGACUGUGCAAGAUCAGGCGGACGAGGAGCCGGUGUCUUUGUGCGAGAAUCAUGACGACGGGCAUACUAUAGCGCAAGUGUUCUGCAUUGAUUGUGACGUGGCACUGUGCAAGGAAUGCUUCACAGUUAUGCAUUUGCACAAGAAGAACAGAAAUCAUGGAGUGAAGAACCUAGCACAAGCCAGUGCACAACAUGAUAUCAAUAUUCAUCAAGGCUGCGCGAGGAUGAAGUUCUUAAACUUCUUGGUAAGCUGAAAUACAUACUUGUACCAUAAAAUAAUGUUGAAUGUUUUCAGAUAUUGUUCCAUGGAGAAGCACUGAAUGGAAUGGUUGAAGUGGCAACAGACAGUCUCUUCCCCUCAACCACCGGUUCCAUCGUACCAGCAAUGCAAGACUCAGCUGCAUUCCUCGGAAUUCAUCCGAUGACGUGUCGAUUCUGUGGAAACCACGUUCCAAUAGCCGAUCAAAACCUCGAUGGAACCUGUACUCACGAGGAUUGUGUCAACUACGCGCGGUCCGCUUGCCAAGUAAUGCACACUUGCAACCAUUUCUGCGGGGGAAUACGCAAUGAAGAGGACUGUCUUCCCUGUUUGACCUGCAGAACAUCGGAUGCCACUCAAGACGGCGACGACGUCUGCGUCAUCUGCUUCACAGAACGACUCGGCGCAGCUCCGUGCAUCCGUCUCGGCUGCGGACACAUUUUCCAUUACCAUUGCGUUCGAAUGAUUCUGGAACGAAGAUGGAAUGGUCCCAGGAUAGUCUUUCGGUUCAUGCACUGUCCUCUCUGCAUCAAACUCAUUGAGCACGAGGGUCUUCAUGAUCUUAUCGAACCUCUGAAAGCAAUCAGACAUGAAGUUAUGGAAAAGGGGAAGAUGCGUUUGGAGUAUGAUGGAUUGCUGGCCACUCCGGCUCUCACGGAUCCAAGAAGCGAGUUUUUCGAUCAACCAGAGGAAUACGCUUUGGACCGAUACAUGUACGUUUUGUGCCACAAAUGCAAGAAAGCCUACUUCGGAGGAGAGAGCCGGUGUCAAGCGGUGAGAAAGAAAGUGAAUAUGUGUGUUAUGAGAAUGGAAGUUUCAGGCGCUAGAUAGUUCCCAAUUCAAUCCAGAAGAGUUGCUCUGCGGAGGAUGCUCCGACACCAGUGGAGUUCAAGUUUGUCCGAGGCACGGAGUAGAAUAUCUCGAGUACAAGUGCCGAUUCUGCUGCUCAAUUGCAGUAUAUUUUUGGUAAGCCUUGCCGCACCCUCAUCUUCUUCUGACCUGAUAAUUUCCAUUUCAGUUUCGGAACCACGCACUUUUGUGCUCCGUGCCACGACGACUUCCAGCGUCUCAUGUCCCUCCCGAAGAAUCUGCUCCCCUCGUGUCCGGUCGGUCCCCGAUCCACUCCGAUGGAAGAGCAGGCAUGUCCGUUGAAGAUGAAGCAUCCGCCGACGGGCGAGGAAUUCGCGAUGGGAUGCGGAAUAUGCCGGAAUAUUAGCACUUUUUAG